AAUUUAACUUAAACACAGUAUACGUUAUUUAUAAGACUAUAUAAUUAUGCCCUUUAUGAUUAGGUAUACAAAAUAUAUGAAAUUAAUUAAAAACUGUAUAAUCAUCUAAUGGCAAUUGAAAUAAAGCCGUGAAAGUAAUCUACGCUCAAGUCCAAUCAAUUUCUUUAAUAUUCGCUACAAAAAUUGCAUAAAUACGCUCUAUUUGUAAGAAUUCAAAAACAAUCAAUGAAUCUAUUACUAAUCUCAGCGGUGACAUGAAUGCGGACUUGUAUAAUAACUUACGACAUUUUAUCAGGAGGCACAAAUCUGCGCAUCUAUUAAUAGAAAGCUCUUACUGUGAGCUACCUGGGAUUUGUGGUAAACUAUUGGCUGUAGGUAUAUUGCCUCUUCAACAUCAUUCAAAUACCAAGAAUAUAAUAAAACCUUAUUUCUCCUUAAUACUUUGUAAGUGAUAUCUUAAUGGAUAUAAAUCUUAAUAAGAUAGCAUUAAGUAUUAAGAGUGUGAGAUGUCCAUUUCCUUUCACGUGAUGUCACGUCCUGAUGCGCAUAUUUAUCGAGCGCAGCCUUUUCCGCCCACGGUUUUCCCAUUAUUUUCCACUGGCUGUGCGCAUGCGUGCGGUCGUCGCGAACCGGGUGACACCUGUCAAAAACAGUAAGCAUCGGCCGCCGUGCUGUGAGGUGCUUUGACGUCAUCGCUGGCAUUUCCAAAUUAAUUACUGGAUUUUUGGAACACCAUGUAAAUUAGGUCUACCAGCAGCGUUCACAAUGUUCGAGGGCGCGGUCGCCGGGUUCCUGAACCGGUUGCUGGGCAAGUAUGUGCAGGAUCUGGACACCGAGAACCUUAACGUAGGCAUAUUCUCCGGGAAUGUCAACCUUACCGAUCUGAAGUUAAAGCCUGAGGCCUUGUAUGAGCUAGACCUACCUAUCGAUGUGAAGAUAGGGACUAUCGGCCGCAUCAGUCUUCAAAUACCCUGGACAGGACUUUACUCCCAACCAGUAGUAGUUCACAUAGAAGAUGUGCUACUGCUAGUCGGUCCUGCCAUCUCGAACAGCUACUACGAUCCAGAGCGAGAGAAAAGAUUAACCAGAGCGGCCAAGAGGAAGAUUCUCCAAGAUCUCGAGGCAGAGAGCGAGGUCCUGAAAGGUCCUAGAAACUUCUUCGAGCAUUUGUUUACAGCUAUUGUGAAUAAUAUUCAGAUUUACGUGCGGAAUGUUCACGUGAGGUAUGAGGACUCAAUCAGCUCCAAGGACGGGCCGCUGGCAUGCGGAUUAUGCCUGCAGGGCUUGUCUAUUGAGACUACUAACAGCAAAUGGAAGCCAUCAGUGACUCCGCAGAACGCUUCCACCGUGUACCAGAUGAUGCGUGUGGAGUCUCUCUCGCUGUACUGGAACCCGACAGCGACGACCCUGGACGACACGGAGACGGCGCAUAUCACCCCCGUCCAGUACUACACCUGGAAGCACUACAUGCUCACCGGGCUGGAUAAGUUCUCGAUGCAUAGGGAAGACUUCGAGUUCUUAUUGAAGCCGGUGACGUGUAAAGUAAAGGUGCUCAUCAACCGUUCUGGUGAGGCGCGCGUGCCGAGACUCUUGCUGGAUGCUGUACUGCAGGAUAGUGCCCUGCAGCUGUCACGAAGGCAAUACCUUUCCAUCGACAAUCUGCUCUCAUCUUUUGCUAGAAUCAAACUCAACCGAAAAUAUCGCCAUCUUCAUCCAGGAGUACCUCUCUCCAAAGACAUAAAGAAGUGGUGGCGAUACGCAUACAACGUGGUAGUGGAACAGCGCGUGCGUCCAUACACCUGGGCCUCUAUACAGAAGCACAGGGAGAACUACAACAUUUACAAACAGACGUACAAGAGCACGCUCCGUAGCCCCAAUGAUACAGAGUUGAAGCUAGACCUUCAGAAAUGCGAGGACAGUCUGCCGAUCGUCUCUGUUGUUAUUGCUAGGGAACAGGCCAAGUUUGAGCUGCUCUCUCAAGAACCAGAUCGCAUCGAGGUUGUGGAAUCAGAGUUCGACUGGUGGAAACCCACCAGCUCUCCUUCAGAGAGUGAGUCCGAGGAUGCGAAGGCUCACGUGGAGUUGUGCGUGAAGACCGAGAGGAGCAAGACUCUGUGGAGUCAUCUGUCCAGUCCGGAGAAGAAGCGAGUCUGCGAGCUUAUCGGCUACGUGGAGGGUGCUCCUAGCAAGGAUAAAUCUAAACAGUAUAUUGAACACAAAUUGAACUUAACGCUAGCAAAUUGUUCACUGACUUUGAUAAACAGAAGCAAAGAGGUACUCGUGGUGACCCUUACACAAUUUUUAGCCUCAUUGGAGACCAGACCUUCAGCUAAGGCAUAUAAGUUAUCAGCUCGGGCAGAGAGCAUAGUUAUUGAAGGAGUAACAUCAGACGGAGAGUUGACGCCAUUAGUGACUGCCGAAAAGGGAACCAACCUAGCUGGUACUAAUCUACUGGCAAUCGAUCUUGAACGCAAUCCUGCCAACAUAGAAGCAGACUAUGCGUUAUGUUGUCUGCUGGAACCACUGGAGUUAUUGUAUAUUGAGCACGCGUUCACGGAGCUGAUAAACUUCGUCCAAACGCAUUCGAUGUCGCCGGAGCAGAUGGCGGCGGCGCUGGGCGCAGGCGCGCGCGCAGCGGCGGCGGGAGGCGGUGCACUGCUCGCGCACGCGGUGGCGCGCCGCAAACUCUUCCAUCUCAACGUCGACGUCAAGGGGCCUUGUCUCAGGCUACCAGAGCAUGGAUGCGUCCACAAGUCGGGUCGAUUAAUGAUAGUGGACAUUAGCCGCAUCAUAAUAAAGUCGGAUUUGCAACCGUCAAACCUGGCGCUGGAAGACGCAACUUGCAUGGAAUUAGAAGAACGGCUCUACGAUCGUCUACAUGCGGAAUGCGUUUCUCAGGUGUUGUUCUGUGAAUGGAACGACCCGUGGAGGGAACAGCGCAAGCAUGCCGACUCCGAGUUGCAUCUAAUACCCAAGAUCAAGGCUCAAGUCGUGUUCUCCAACAGCAUCAAGAAAGAAUACAAACUUUUACCACGAUACAAGCUCAACAUAUCUCUAUCAAGUUUCAAGCUGAACCUCUCAGACCGUAUCAUAGGUCUUCUCCUGGACUUUUGCGACAACCUGCCAGCUCCGGUGCCCAACACUGUCCCGGUCUCGUUCAUGGACUCCGGCGACUAUGCCGAAGAUAUGGAAGACCCUGAGCUGAUUGAACUCCUCGAGUGUGAUAGAGUAACUGCGGAUCCAGGGUAUACCGACCUGCUUAAAUUGCGGCAGAAGAUUGUCGCUGCCUAUUUGAGAAGGAAUAGGUUGGCGGAGACUACGUUCGACAAAGCGAGCGCCAAGCUUGGCUUCCAAGAGUCAGAGCGUGCGUUCAGCACAUCAGAGCACAGCGACGAGGACAUGGAGUUGUUCGCACGUUGCGUCGACCUGCCCGGCUUCGACGACAACGUCUCACCCAACAACACCAUCAACACGCUACUUAGGUUUAUUGUUGGUGAAAUAGUAAUCAACCUAUCUCGAUCGACGGACCAAACUGAGCGUCCGUACAUAAUGCUCAGCAUCACGAAGGUAUGCCUGGACGUGGCGCUGAUGGAGUACGGGCCAGCUGUCCAGCUGUCGGUAGCCCAGGCCUUGCUGACUGAUAAGCAACACCACAGUAGCAACGGGCAGUACUUGGAACUGCUGACUAGUUCGGGAGAGUUGUUUAAUUUGCUUUAUAGGAAGGUGCGAGCCGACUGUCCAGAGUUUAAGUCGCAUUUCCACAGCGUGGAGCAAGCCCUCGUCGCUGACAUGGGACACGUUUCCCUGCUAUUACAUGCAGACGCUCUCAGAACUCUGAUGAAAUACCUGCAAUAUAUUUUCGACAAAAUUCAAAAUCGUCAUUCACUGAACAUUACCAAGGUAGUGGUUCCGAAGACGUUGUCCUUAUGGAACUCUAUGAUGAAAUCUGAAACUGACCCUCCAGUUCCACCAGGUGCUACGAAGUUCAGUUACUCUGUCAGGGUAUCAUCGAUAUCGAUAAAGCUGUGCCACCUGGAGUGCUCGGUGCUGGAGAUCAGACUGUCGGCGCUGGAGAGCGACUGCGUGUUCCGCGCCAACGACCGCAUGAUCUUCAAGUUGUUCCUCAGCUCUCUGCAGCUUGAUGACUUGUCUGAAGCUACCCUGUAUCCUAAACUGGUAUGGCCUGAUGAGGACAAGGUUCUCGAAGUAAAAUAUGUGCGAGCAGCUCCAAGGGUCUACGGCUCGCAGCACGACAUCAAGGCUCAUGGAGAACUGCGCGUGUACGUGGGCCGACUGCACGUUGUUGUCUUCUGCUGCGUGCUCUACCACCUACAGCAAUUCCUGGAGCCGUUAGUUCCUGGCUCCGUGGCGUCGGAAGCAAUGAUGGCGACGGAGAGAGUGGUCGAGAAACACGCACAAGAAGUCCGCUCCUGGUCUACCAGACUUAAUCUAGUCAUUGAGAUCCAUGCUCCCGUAUUACUCCUGCCGCAAAAACCGUCAUCACCUAAUCUUUUAGUGCUCAAUUUAGGUGAUCUGCAAAUGGAGAAUUUCUUCAAGCAAAUGAACACUAACCAGGAGGUGACUAGUCCGAUACAGAGCCCCGUCAUAGACAACAUUCUUAUAAAGCUAAGCAAUAUUACGUUCUCACGAGCGGUCAUGACGCUGGCGGGGACUUUGGAAGUUCAGGAACCUAUUCUGGAACCGAUGUGCAUCCGCUGCGACCUGAAGCGCGCGGUGUGCUACCAGCAAAUGGUCACCAUCGCAGCAUACCGAGACUUGCUGGCAUUGUCCGCUGAUGUCUCAGUGGACACCAUAUUCCUCAACAUUGGACAGAAGGACCUGGCCACCGUGCUCGCCGUGUGGAGCGAUAACUUGAGCGAGGGACAUUAUAUAGGAAGCAUCGUGCCAAGUUCUCCGGUGGACGCUCCGCCAGUCGACACGUCGGUGAAGAAGCUGCAAGCAUUCUUCGCGCAAGGAGAACCGAUCAGGAAAGAAGCUGUUUUGAGAUUCACUCUCGAAGGCAUAGAGCUGAAACUAUUUUCGGACAUGGACGAAGUCCUCAGUUCCCCUGUACGGGAUCUGAAUCAUGGACUUGCCAAGCUGACCGCUGGAGAGACGACGUUGCAGCUGGAAUACUCUUCAGAUGGCAGCUUGGAGCUGAGAGCUAGUCUCCAGAGCUUGUUGGUAGAGGACAUACGACCGGAUCCUACUGUUCUCAUCAAAAGGAUCUUCCAAUCUCAAGGCGGGUCUCGUCGCGCCUCCGACGGCGGGUGCAUAUCAGUGAGACGACCACCUCUCAUUGACGCCAGCGUCCGCGUCACCGCAGCCAAGGCUCGGCAGCUUGACGUCAGGGUCGACAGGACCAGGCUUAACUUAGCACUGCCCUUCUUGCUGCAACUAGCCAGGACUCUGUUACUAUCGAUGCCAGGUGAGAAAACCAUGGAAGGCGGUGUGGUUAACCACGGUUAUGUGGGUGACUUGCACCCGUCCAAACCUGGGAACAACAACAGAGCUGCUCGGUUCCCCAGCUCCAGUGAUUCCACCAGCGGGUAUUACUCUGCAUCAAACUCAGUGACAGAAGAGACGCCCGGUCUAUCGAUAUCAAUCCAGUUCAGACAACCGGAGGUGAUGUUCUUCACGGACCUCACGAAGACAGAGGGCCACGCGCUGCUCCUCCGCACGGAACUCCUCAUAGACUAUUCGUACCACUCCAAUAGUGAGAGCCUGGUCGUGUCCUUAGCUGGACUGCAGAUGAUGUCAAAACUCCAGUCCAAACUGAAGAAUCUUCCUCCUCAAACCGUUCUCAAGCCAUGCGACAUAGAGUUCUCUAAAAGCUUCAAGAACAUAGAAGAAGGCAUCAUGGUGAGGCUGAAGGUGUCAGAAAUAGAAGUGCAUAUAGCCGCUACUACAGUACACACUGUAAUGGACAUAAUUGAAGAAGUAACAACCGAACUAACUAUGCCUGACGAGAAAGAAGUGUUCAAUUUCGCGACAUACAACGCCAAACCCGAGAAGGCAGACGAAGACCUUUGGUCUCCGAAGAAACUGACGCCGUACGUGAUGCUGAACCCUGAGGAUGGGUACGUGCAGCCGAAGUACCCGUGCAUGAGGCCCAUGGAGACGUUCCUCAUGACCGUGCCAAGUGUCAGGGUGUUGUUCGAGAUAGAACAGAAUGUGCGGGUACCUGUUGUGACAAUGAAGUUAACAGGCGAAGUAUCGCUAUACAAUUGGUCGCAACAAAUCCACGGCGGCGCGCGGCUGAGCGCGGUGGCGAGCUGCUACAACGAGCGCCUUGACAUCUGGGAGCCGCUCAUAGAGCCCGUCAUGAUCAACGAGAACCUGCACCGACCUUGGGAUAUUAGUAUCACCCUCUUCCAGGCAAAAGCUUACCCAAUGUCUACACGUCUUGACACAGCCCAAAAAGAGACAGAGAUCGAAGUCCCAACCACCACGGAACCUAAAAAACCAAAGAAACGAAACGAGUUCGAAUCGGAAACCUCAGCUGAAGAGAAUGACACCGACAAUGAGAUGACGUUCAUCAGAAAUCCAUACGGGAGGGAGAGUAAACAUUAUAACGUAGAGUUUGCUGGAGGAAACAUGUCACUGCUCGGCAUGCUAGAUAUGGACGAAUCUGACUCGGAGAAUGAGAGCGGGUUGAUGGACAAACUGGCCACUGCUAUUGGACAUCUUUUUACUGAUGAUUCAAGCGCUGAAGAUCUGAGCAAUGAAGACGACUCAUCAGCCCCGGAGCACAGCGAGCCAGACGCCAGCAGCGAGAGGGAGGACGAUGACGAUAAAGUGGGCAGCUUCACUGACGGCACUAAGGCUAAGAAAGAACCGGAACAUAAAACAGUUACACUUCAGGAUCCAGUGCGUGAGGACAGCGUGGACUCAGGACUGGAAGCGGAGAGUUUCUCGGAGCAGACGUGCACGUACGUGGUGGUGGAGGCGGCCGACGCGCUGCAGGUGACGGUCACGCCCGCCGCCGCACGCGCCUUACUCGCGCUCGCCGGCGCAUGCGCAGACCGGGCGGCCACGGUCACUGCCAUAGUGGCGGGUGAUAGCGGCCUAGUGCUGCAUAAUGAUAUCGGGCCUGGCUCAACAGUUCAUUUGAAAACCCACGCUGAAACUGACCUGGCAGGAAAUGACCGAGUUAUAGCAAUAGCAGAUUACGAUGUGGACACGAGUCGACCCAGCACGCCUGGUUGCGACACAUCGUCUGCUGAUAUCCUCGACGAAGUUGAAGUAAAGCCGAAGAGCGAAGCCAGUGACGUCAGCGACGAAUGGGACUGCUUUGAAGGCGGGUUUCCCGGAGGAGCUGUAUCCCCACCGGAAGAAAUCGCGUGUUCUCCUGUACCACCUCCGAGCCCUGCCAGUCUUCACAACAAACUUACAGACCUCACGCUUACCGUCAAACUUCAUGACUUUGAUAACCUUACGAUCCUGUGUCCUCAAAGAACAGUGUCAAAAUUGCACGUGCUGCAUCCCAGCAAGAAUAACACACGCUACUACAUCGUUGUGGAGAGGAGUUCAAAAUAUAAUACAAAGAAGAUCGUGGUCAGGUCACCACUGCAGAUCCGAAACGAGACAUCAUACGCCCUCGAGCUGUACUAUAAGAAGACCGACCUGCAAGCCAUAGGCGUGGAGCUGGUGGGAUCCCUGACAAAUCCCUUCGACGAUAAGAUGCGUCUGUGCGUGAUCGCUCCUCAGGACACGUACAACGUGCCGCUGUACAUAGCUUAUCACUGCAAGCUGUUCUUUCUGCCUUCUAAUUUCGAGAGCUACCAGACAGCCACUCAGGGCAUCUGGUGGAUGGAAUUGGCGAAUGAUAUAGGAACACCACGCGACGUUGUCUGCCCGGCGAAAGCAGAAAACGACAACAUGAUUUUCGCCAUGAGGAUAUUGACAGUUGAAGGUUGCCAAUCUCACAAAGUGGCUCGAUCCAUUCCAAACUACACUAUCCGCGUGGUACCCCCAUUGGCUCUUUACAACCGGCUUCCCUUCGCCGCCGAGAUGAGCUGCCUGGACUCGGACUGGCGCGUGAGGCUUGAAGCUGGCGAGAGAACCCAUGUCUAUACCCUGAGGCUGGACAGCGCGCAUCGGCUGUGUCUGCAGUUGCACUACAUGGGCACACAGUGGUCUGGCACCUUUACGUUUUCGCCUGAGCUGUCGGACAAGUGCGUGAGCCUGUCGAGCGCAGGCGAGUGCGAGGGCGGGCGCGCGCUGUGCGUGUGCGUGGCGGUGUCGCGCGCGCAGUGCUGCCAGCUGUUCCUGCACGCGCAGCACUGGCUCGUCAACAAGACCGGCCUGCCGCUGCAGAUGAAGGGUGGUCACUCGGAUGUAAUCUACGAUCUGUGCGAAGAGCCGGUAUUAUGGUGCGGAUGGCGCGGGCGACGGGGCGUGCGAGUUCGAUUCCGCGCGCACCAGUCGGGAUGGUCGCGAGCUUGCAGGCUGCCCGCCGCCGCGCCCGGCCUCGUGGUCUGUCCUCAUGCAGAACGACGGAUGCACUAUCGUCUACUAUUACAUGUCACACUAUCUGAACUAUGUCCCCAACUAACGAAGAUCGUCACCCUUCUGCCGUAUUUCCUGGUGUACAACGACACCAAGCGGCACCUUCGCUUCAUGGAGGAGAACGAGGCGGCGGACCUCUGGAUGGACCUCACGCCGCAGCAGUGCGCACCCUUCUGGCCCCAGACUGACUCCAUGAUGAUGCACUGCAAGUACAGGGACUCGACUGUGGUUUCCCAGCACUUCCCCAUCACUAGGAACCAUUUCACCGUCUUGAGGAUGGAUAAAGGGUCCGCAAUUUGCGUGGAAGUCACUGGUGGGACUGACCGUCCAUUCACCAUCACCUUCAAGCCAUACAACGUGGGAGACGCCCCCGUACGCAUUGACAACCUGUGCGAUGAUCUCUUCCUCAAAUUACAUCAAGCGGACUCCGGUCAGGUGGCUCUACUCAGCCCAUAUCAGUCGAUGCUCUACACUUGGGACGAUCCCGCUAAGGAUCGCAAACUCAUGUGGAAUAUUUACAACAACAAGGGCAAAGGUUAUGUCGCUGAUUUUUGGCACGAUGGUCACGGCGAAGAGAAGGUUAGUUUCCAUUCAGUGAAACACACAACUCUUGUUGCUACAAGCAGCGUCACAUCCAAAUUGUCCUCAACCCUCAAACGACUGACUCCAAAGUCCCCAGAGCCUUGCUCAUCCAGCAGUGAUGACUCAGACAGCUCUGAACUACCAGAGGCUGUUACAAAAACCAAGAAAAUGAGGAAGGACAAAGUCAUCGUGUAUUGGGCUUCGUAUAUGGACGGAUACCAGAGAGUCUUUGUGUUAGCUCAAGAUGAAAGGAUAGCUUAUCAAUAUAAACUGCGAAUCACCUCUGAAAGGAGUAAUUACGAAGUUUAUUUGUCAAUGUCCAGUGUUAACAUGUCUGUCUGUGUGCAAUCCGGCGCGGGAGUUAAAGAACUGGCUUAUGCAAGUAUCACAGAUUCCCUACCUCGGUGGGAAGUGUACGUCAACCAUAAAUGGAAGCAGCUAUCCCCAGAUCUGACCGCGUGGACUGAAGACAAAUACCAGACCGAUCAGAAAAAGUGUGCUCUCAAAGAAUACAUUCACAUGGACUUAGAAAAGAUGCAGAUGACGAAACCGUUUUAUGCGGAACUACGCCGGACCUAUAACCCAGGUGUCUGGCUGCAAAUAAGAAAGUCAGACACACAAACAUUCCUGCACAUGAAGCUGCAGAGGUUCCAAAUAGACAACCAGUUGCACGAAGCGGUGUUCCCGAGUGUGUUGUACCCGGCGCCACUUCCUCCCAACUUGAAAUCGAAUGAAGUAAAGCCCUGUUUUGAAAUCGUCGCGUUAAAACAACACCGGCCUUCCUUAAACCAAGAUGUUUAUAAGUACCUUAAAGUUCUCGUUCAAGAGUAUUGUCUCAGUUUGGAUCGUGGGUUCGUGAACCACAUAUUCGAUAUUCUAAAUCAUUGGAAGAUUGAAGAGAAGCCAGCCGUGAGGCUUAGAGCUGAUCUCGCUCUAGUAUAUAUGCCGAUGCCAGUGAUAGCCAUGAAAAGUCAAAACCCUUGCCAGAAAAAUGUUGUUUUUGAAUAUAUUCACUUGUCUCCUCUAAAGUUGGUGCUAAGUUUGUCUUCACGAGGAUAUUUGGUGGAGAAUGUAAGUAGUCCGACCAGGAUAAUGUUUGGAACCAAGAAAGAGAACCGGCCUAAGUUGUUUAACAGCGACCUGUUGGAGUACUUGUUCAAUUCGUGGGGUACGUCGCUUUGUGAUAUGAAGGAUGUUGUCUUUAGGAUGACAUACCUGGAGCUUCGAAACGCGUCGAUCACUGGCCCAGCAUUGCUGGAAACGGCGCGGUGCCACUACUGGAUUCAACUGAUCCAACAAUUUCACGUGCUGGUGCUGGGGAUGAGCAUCCUCGGCAACCCAUACGCGAAGGCCACUCACUUCUGCACCAACAGUCCCAUUACGCAUCAGCAAUAUUAUGAGCCACAUUUGGGUACAAUCCAAAGCCGUAAGUCCAUGGAGGUAUCAAGCCGGCUGGGCCAUGCGGCUGCCUCAUUGAUGGGGCUUUGUUCGUGCUCUGAAACUAGGACAUCAGCUAUGUUCGAAGACCUUCCCAGAAUGCAAACACCAAGGCGGCGGACUGUGGAGUCUCCCGUGGUGAGCAACGACCUGCCCCCGUGGGUGGUGUCGAGCGCCAACAGCGCGGCGAGUGCGGCGCUCGCGCUGGCGGCGCUCGUCGCGACGCCCGCCUUCGACGACGACAGUGCUAUAGUUCAGAACGUGUGUCGCGAGGCGACCCGCGCGUCUCUGUCGCGGCAGGUGUGGUACUCGAGCGCGGCGCACGCGCUGCGGUCGUGUUGCGACCGCAGCGGAGGACGAAUAGUCGCGCGCGUGCGCCUGCCCCGACACACCUCUACACUACAGGGCGUGCGCGCGUACUCGCAGCACGCGGCGCUGGGCGUGCAGCUGCUGCGGGCGGUGCGCGGCGCGCGCGCGCCCGCGCCCGACGAGUACCUCGCGCACGCGCACCUCUCGCCGCCCGCCACGCCCACCAUCCUGCUCUCCACACAGCGAAUCUACAUGGUGCGAGCGGGUGGAACAAGCGGUUCCUGGCACGUAGACUGGGUGGUCCAGCUGGAUGACCUACUCGGACCCCCCACUGUGGACGGACACAAGUUAGUGCUCAGCAUCAAACAGGACGAGAUGGUUAACUAUUUUUCUACUGACGAGAAGGUAAUAGAGGUGCCAGACCCCGAGGUAUUGAAGUGGCUGCAGGCGAAGAUCGAGUGUGCACUCAUACUGGCGCUCGAGGACAAACGAUGUCCCGUCGAACAGUAAACUAAAACUAUGGCCACAUAUAACGCUACCCACAUUAUGUUGUAACAAGGGCUUUAUUUUUAAUAUCGUACAAUAAUUUGUACAUCAAACAUAAAUUAAGACUGAUUUCACGUUUUGGCGGGCUUUUUGACAUUUGAAUGUUAUGUUUGUUGGUGGCCAUUUUGAUUUGUUAUCUUUUAAACUGUCAAUGGAGCGAUCAGUAUUCUGGAUGCGUAAUGAAUGUAAUUGUUGUUAAAUCGUUAGGUAUAUUAUGUAUGUCGACUAUGUUAGUCAUGUAUUUCAUACACGGUUGUAUGCAUCUUCAUAUUUUAAUUUGAUAUAUUAUUAUUAACUACGACAUAGCAACCUAUCGAUUUCUAAAGAAAAAAUAUUAACUAUCUAUUAUAUUUUUUAAAGAUAAAUUUGCUAUGUUGAGUUCAUUAGGCUUCUGCAAUUAGCGAAAAAAAUAUUCUUUAGAAGUGAUACAAUGCCAAAAGUUGUACGCACACUUUUAUAACUUAAUCCUAACUAUGACAUAUUGCCAAGUCAAUAUGAUUUAUUAAAGGACUACGAGUAUUUUCUAUCAUUUGUGAUUGUAUAUCGGUGAAAAUAGAUUUAAUAGAAAAAAACGUCGCCCGAGAAUCGUACUAGCCAGUUAGCUAACCUAACUGGCUAGUACGAUUAUAAAUACGACAGAUAAUUACGAGUCGGUAUUAUUAUAAUUGAUUUGUUAUUGAGGAACCUUAUAUCUAUUUUGAUCCAUUAGUACGUAGUCAAAAUCUCUAACUUGCUAUACUGAGAAAUGGUAAGUAUAUAAAACAACAAUAUAUUAUAUUUAAUGAUUCUAUCUACUUGUUCCUAUAUUAUUUUAUUUAAAUAGUAACUCCAAACUUUAAAUCCAAUAGGAAUAAUGCUUCCCAUUUGAUUAGUUCUAUGUUCGUAGAAAACAAUAUUCAUAGAAGUUUUAACCAUCUAGUCAACAAAUCAGAGCUGUAGAUUAGUUUUAUGCUAUAAUAAGUAUUGAUAAAUUAAUGUCAACAUCAAAUAAAGGCAAUUCAGAAGUGACAAUCUAUGGAUUUAUAACAGAUGUAUGAUAAGUAUAGAGAAGACGGAAUACACUUACAAUAAAAUAAAAACAUCAACAGAAUGCUUUGUGGACAUAAAUAAAUUUGUAAUAAACUACGAUUUGUAAUCGGAAAAUUUCCCGCCUUUACAAAAUGAGGUUACGGAUAAAAGGCUAUUGACAUUUAUUGUGAACGAAUGAUGAACUUUACGAUUUUGAAAAAGGAAUUUUAUGUUAUAGGUAUGCAGAGUAACAUUUUCAUAUUUUGUAGAAACUAGGGUGUCAUAUUAUCAAAUUUAACUAAUAUUAUGAAACUAAAUGUCUGUUUCCAUGAUUGUCUGAUAUUGUCUUUUCCGUAAGAUAGUUAUGGAAAAGGUAAAAUAUAUUUUUGAAUGUAUGUAUGUUAGCUGUACUUUGUUAAUCUUACUUGUAUUGUAUUAGUGGUAGAUCUGUCUUACAUGUCUAUUAUUUGCUUCGUAAAUAAAUUUAUAUCGAUAUUUUAGAAAUGUGAGUAUCAGCAUUAGUAGAAAAAAAAUGUUAAAUGUAAUUGAUCACUAUAUUAUUUGUAUCCAUAAAUAAUCGACUAUCUAUUUUUUAAUAAUAUUUUGAAAUCGAUAUUUUAAUCGAUUAUCAAUAUUGGAAUUGAGAAACAUUUAGGGGGAAUCCAAUAAAAACUAUGCACAAAUCACGGGAGAAAUAAUUUAAUUAUUCCAACAUCAUAUAAACAGUGGAAUAAUUACAUUUAUCAUAAUACAAAGGCUUAAAUCACCAUAACAUGAGGGUAUUAUGCUUACAUCGAAGCGUGUUAACCAGUACUAUAGAUGUUUUAUAAAUGAUGAAAAUAAAAGUUAUUAUUCA